CGCACACGCGCAGCGCCGCGCCCGGAGCGGAUCCCCGCGUUCGCGCCGCGCCCGGAGCUGAUCCCGCGUUCGCGCCCCUGGCUGCACGCGUCUCUCGCGGACCUUUCUCGGCAGGUUGCUUUCAGCUAUGUAACGUGUUUCGAACCCAUGAGAUGGAAAUUGACCAGUGCCUGCUGGAGUCCCUUCCCCUUGGCCAACGGCAGCGGCUGGUGAAACGCAUGCGCUGUGAGCAGAUCAAAGCCUACUAUGAAAGAGAGAAGGCUUUUCAGAAGCAGGAAGGGUUCCUGAAAAAGCUGAAGCAUGGGAAGAAUCAAAAAGUUCAUUUUAACCUCGCUGACAUGAUACAGGAUGCAAUUAUCCACCACGAUGACAAAGAAGCGCUCCGGCUCCUGAAGGAGGGCGCGGAUCCGCACACCCCCGUUUCCUCAGGAGGGUCCCUGCUCCAUCUGUGCGCUCGGUAUGAUAAUGCCUUCAUUGCAGAGAUCCUGAUUGACAGAGGGGUCAAUGUCAACCACCAGGAUGAAGACUUUUGGACACCAAUGCACAUCGCCUGUGCUUGUGAUAACCCUGACAUCGUCCUGCUGCUUAUAUUAGCUGGAGCCAAUGUCCUUCUCCAGGAUGUUAAUGGAAAUAUCCCCUUGGAUUAUGCCAUGGAAGGGACAGAAUCUAGUUCCAUCCUGUUGACCUAUCUGGAUGAAAAUGGCGUGGACCUGACCUCACUGUGCCAGCUGAAGGUGCAGAGACCCGUGAGCAUGCUAACAGAUGUCAAACACUUCUUGUCCGAUGGCGGAAAUGUCAAUGAGAAAAAUGAUGAUGGGGUGACGCUGUUGCAUAUGGCGUGUGCCAGUGGCUACAAGGAAGUGGUGUCUCUACUCCUCGAACAUGGCGGGGACCUCAAUAUAGUAGACAAUCAGUACUGGACCCCACUCCAUUUGGCAGCAAAGUAUGGCCAGACAAACCUGGUGAAACUUCUUCUGAUGCAUCAGGCGAAUCCAAACCUUCUGAACUGCAAUGAAGAGAAGGCCUCAGAUAUUGCUGCCUCUGAGUUUAUUGAGGAAAUGCUGCUGAAAGCUGAAAUCGCCUGGGAAGAAAGGGUUAAAGAACGUUUAUCUGUUCCUGCCUUGGCCUCUGAGGAGCCAUAUGAGGAGAUUCUCCACGACCUUCCAGCACUUUCCAGCAAGCUCAGUCCCCUGGUGUUGCCGAUUGCCAAGCAAGACAGUAUGUUGGAAAAAGACAUUAUGUUCAAAGAUGCAAGAAAAGGUCUAUGCAAGCGACAGUCUCAGGACAGCGUCCCUGAAGAUGCCAUGGUGAACGUCCCCACCAAACCUGAACAGGUCAAGCUGAUGCCUCCUGCUCCCAGUGAUGACCUAGCGACUCUCAGUGAGCUGAAUGAUGGCAGCCUGCUUUAUGAAAUUCAGAAACGCUUUGGGAACAAUCAGAUAUAUACUUUUAUUGGAGACAUCCUCUUGCUUGUUAACCCAUUCAAAGAGCUUCCAAUUUAUUCCACCAUGGUCUCCCAGCUUUAUCUCAGCAGCUCGGGGCAGCCCUGCUCCUCCCUGCCGCCCCACAUCUUCUCCUGUGCAGAGAGGGCCUUCCACCAGCUUUUCCAGGAGCAGCGGUCCCAGUGCUUCAUUCUCAGUGGAGAGAGAGGAUCGGGGAAGUCUGAAGCCAGCAAACAAAUAACGAGACACCUGAUGUGCAGAUCUGGCUUCAGCAGGCCUAUGUUUGAUUCCAAAUUUAAGCACGUCAUAUGCAUCUUGGAAGCCUUUGGGCACGCCAGGACAACUCUGAAUGAUCUGUCCAGUUGUUUCAUAAAGUAUUUUGAACUACAAUUCUGCGAGAGGAAAAAACACCUAACAGGAGCCAGAAUUUAUACAUACAUGCUCGAGAAAUCCAGACUUGUUUCACAACCUCUUGGCCAGAGCAAUUUUCUCAUUUUCUACUUGUUGAUGGAUGGGUUAUCUGCUGAAGAAAAAUACGGGCUUCACCUUAAUAAUUUAUGUGCACACCGGUAUUUGAACCAGUCCCUACCAGAAGACGUAUCAACAGCAGAGCAUUCUGUGAACAGGGAGAAAUUUGCUCUUUUGAAACAAGCCCUGAAUGUAGUUGGCUUCAGUAACAUGGAGGUAGAGAAUCUGUUUGUGAUCCUAGCAGCAAUAUUGCACAUUGGAGACAUUCGAUUCACUGCUCUGACCGAGGCCAACUCCGCAUUUGUCUCUGACCUCCAGCUUCUGGAACAAGUGGCUGGUUUGUUGCAAGUGUCACCUGAUGAAUUGGUAUCUGCUUUGACAACGGAUAUCCAGUAUUUUAAAGGAGACACCAUCAUUCGACGACACACAGUACAGAUGGCUGAAUUUUACCGAGAUCUCUUGGCCAAAUCCCUGUUCGGUCGUUUGUUUAGCUUUUUGGUGAAUACCAUGAACUGUUGCCUCCAGAGCCAAGAGGAGCACGGCAGCACACAGACGUUGGAUAUUGGAAUAUUGGACAUCUUUGGUUUUGAAGAAUUUCAAAAGAAUGAAUUUGAACAACUUUGUGUCAACAUGACCAAUGAGAAGAUGCACCACUAUAUCAAUGAAGUGCUUUUUCUACACGAGCAAACAGAAUGUGUACAAGAGGGAGUUGCCAUGGAAACAGCUUAUUCUCCUGGUAACCAGACUGGAGUUUUGGAUUUUUUUUUCCAGAAGCCAUCUGGAUUUCUCUCUUUGUUGGAUGAAGAAAGUCAAAUGAUGUGGUCGAUGGAACCAAAUCUUCCCAAGAAGCUACAAAGUCUCCUAGAAUCUUCAAACACAAAUGCAGUCUAUUCCCCCAUGAAGGAUGGGAACGGUAACGUUGCGCUCAAAGAUCGGGGUGCAGCGUUCAGAGUCACGCACUAUGCGGGAAGGGUAACGUACGAAAUUGUCGGAGCAAUUGAAAAAAAUAACGACUCCCUUUCACAGAAUCUUCUAUUUGUAAUGAAAACCAGUGAAAAUGUCGUGAUCAAUCACUUGUUCCAGUCGAAACUGUCACAGACAGGAUCCCUCGUAUCUUCCUAUCCUUCUUUUAAGUUCAGAGGACAUAAAUGUGCCCUGCUCAGUAAGAAGAUGACGGCUUCUUCAGUUAUUGGAGAAAACAGGAAUUAUCUAGAACUUAGUAAGUUAUUAAAAAAGAAGGGAACUUCUUCGUUUCUUCAAAGACUAGAAUGGGGAGGUCCAGUCACGAUUGCAUCACAACUCAGGAAAUCUCUAGCAGAUAUUAUCGGAAAACUUCAGAAGCGCACGCCCCACUUUGUUCAUUGCAUCAAGCCCAAUAACUCAAGGCUGCCAGAUACCUUUGAUAAUUUUUAUGUAUCUGCUCAACUACAAUAUAUCGGAGUCCUGGACAUGGUGAAGAUUAUCCGAUAUGGAUACCCUGUUCGCCUUUCCUUCUCGGAUUUCCUGUCAAGGUACAAGCCAUUGGCCGACACGCUCCCGGUCGAGAAGAAACAGCUGUCUGCCGAGGAGAAAUGUCGCCUUGUUCUCCAACAGUGUAAAUUGCAAGGCUGGCAGAUGGGAGUCCGAAAAGUGUUUCUAAAAUACUGGCACGCCGGCCAGCUCAAUGAUUUGUGCCUACAGCUGCAGAGGAAAAUUAUAACCUGCCAAAAAGUUAUAAGAGGAUUUCUAGCACGCCAGCACUUGCUUCAGAAAAGGAACAUCAGACAGCGAGAGGUCACGUCCAUCAACAGCUUCCUGCAGAUCACAGAGGACAUGGGGUUGAAGACCUACGAUGCCCUGGUCAUUCAGAACGCUUCCGACAUUGCACGUGAAAAUGACCGGCUCCGGAACGAAAUGAAGGCUGCUCACCAUCAAGAGAAGGCGGAAGCCAGAAACAAGCCAGAGGAAGGAGCCAAAAGAGCCGAAGACAAGGGUGGACCCAGGCAUUUCCAGUACACCGCCAUCCCAGUACCCAUGGCGGUGGAUGGCCUGAUCCAGUCUCUGGCCAGCCCGUCCACCCGGUCUCCUUCCCUGCACUCGGUGUCCAGCCUGGAUGAGAGCAGUGGCCUCCCGUCGCCGCGGAAACAGCCUCCACCCAAGCCAAAGAGGGACCCCACCACGCGGCUGAGCGCGUCCUACGAGGCCGUGAGCGCCUGUCUAUGGGCAGCAGCAAGGGAGUCGGCCAGUGAAGCUCUGACCCGGCCCAGGCCGCACAGCGACGACUACAGCACCAUGAAGAAGAUUCCUCCCCGCAAGCCCAAGCGCAGCCCCAACACCAAGCUCAGCGGCUCCUCCGAGGAGAUCCCGGGCGCGCGGCGCAGAGGCGGCCCGAGGUGCGCGCUCGGGGUCCCCGCGCCCCCCGCGCCCCCCGCGCCCCCCGCGCGCGCCCCGCCGGAGCCCGACCCCGAGCCCGAGCCCGUGUACAUCGAGAUGCUGGGCCGCGCCGGCAGCCCUGAACAGGCCGAGGCCGUGUACGAGGAGAUGAAGUACUUCGCGCCCCCCGAGGCGUCCGCGUCGCCCCCAGCUCUGCCCAGUGACAGUCGGAACCCCGUCCCCAGGGAGGAGGGCAACGGGGGCUGCCCGGCCGCCGGGUCCUGCAGAGACGCGUGCGACAUCCCGGCCCCUUUCCCCAACCUGCUCCCUCACCGCCCCCCGCUCCUGGUGUUCCCCCCGACCCCCGUCACCUGCUCCCCGGCGUCCGACGAGUCGCCCUUGACGCCGCUGGAGGUGAAGAAGCUGCCGGUGCUGGAGACCAACCUCAAGUACCCCGUGCAGGCCGAAGGCUCCAGCCCGCUGUCCCCGCAGCACGCCAGGAACCCCAAGAGCGACGGGGAUGGGCCCGCGUCCCCCGGCCCGCCAGCGCCCGGCGGCUCGCCCCCCACGCCGCCGCCUCCUCCCGCGCCCCCGACCCCCCGGCCGCCCACGCACUUCGCCUUUCCCCCGGAGCCCGUGGGCGCCGCGGCCCGAGCGACAGCCGGCCCCGACGUGCCCAGGGCUCACCAGCCGCCCCACUCUGCGCCCGCGGGGGGCGCGUGCAGCUCUCUCCCCAAGGCCCCCUACUCCCCUGGGAGGGCCGCCAGGCCCGAGCACCGCAAGGCCAGCGCCAGCCCGUCCUCCCCGGUGCCCUACAGCCCCCCGAACUGCAGAGCUCUCAGCAGCCCCCUGGACGAGCUGACCAGCCUCUUCAACUCCGGAAGGAGCUUGCUACGCAAGUCGGCGGCCGGGAGGAGAAUCAGGGACCCCGAAGGUUUUGAGACUAACAUGAACCUAACUGGCCGAGAUGAUCCUGGUAGAGCAGAAAUUGUAUCCGAGACUCAAGAUAGAAAUGCAAAUAACCAUGGAAUUCAAUUAUCUAAUUCCCUCUCAAGUGCUAUCACGGCUGAAAAUGGGAAUUCUGUCUCAAAUGGUUUACCUGAAGAAGAGGGGUUCCCCAGAUUUUCUGUGAGCACCUUCACGACCUCAUCAUUUCAGAGACAGAGAGAGACCCACACCACUCAGGUCAUCCAUCAGCUGAGGCUCUCGGAGAACGAAAGCGUGGCCCUGCAGGAGCUUCUGGACUGGAGGCGGAAGCUCUGCGAGGGGAGAGGAGACUGGCAGCACCUCCUGCAGCCCUCGGAGCCCAGGGCGCCGCCCCCUCCUCCCUGCAAGAAGCCCACGCUGGUGAAGAAGCCCGACGGGGCCUCCUGCGGCCGGCUGCCUUCCGAGCUGUGGGACUCCACCAUGUGAGGGCCGCACAGCAGGUGGACGCAGCGACACUGCCCGGCGGUGGCCGCCGCCGAGGCUGCCCCGUCCCCGGUGCUUCCCGCGGCGUGGACGCAGAGCCACCCAGGAUGCGCCAGCAGAGGCCACCAGGGCCCGCCUGUGCUUGUGCGCAUGCGCGCACGUGCGUGCGUGCGCCAUGCGCGUGUGCGUUCUUUCCGCCUUUCCGGCGGAAUCCGUCCGUUCUGGCUCCUGGGGUCCGCGGCCCUGGGGCCGUGUUUCCCCUACGUGGCGAGAGAAGGGCCUGGAAAAGCGUGGGGGGAGGAAGAGCGCGCUCACCGUACAGUAGCGCCGUCCACGUGUUCCUCGCUGGCCCGUCGCUUUUCUAGAACACGGUGUGCGGGAUACACGUUCCGUUUCUUUGUAGGUGUCGUGUUUCCUUGGACGUUACAAACCUGAUCACGAUGUACAUGUUUAUUACCCUGUUUUAUAACUUUAUGCAAUUGGUGGUGCUCCCUUCGAAACACCCAUUUGAAAGAGCUCGUUUCUAGAAUUUUCUUUCCUCCACAUGCUUUUCUUUGUUUCUCCUAGAGGACCUAAAGCCCUCGAGACUGUGCCCCUGCUUCAGCCCCGCCAGCGCCAAGCCUGUACACGCAUGCAUGGAGUCCCGAGUUUUUCAUUUCCCUGAUGAGGAGGCCGCUCCUCCCUGCGCCGUGUCUCUGCUUACGUGCCUCGCGAGCUCCUUCCGUCUGUCGUGACCUCUCCUGGCGCCACCAUCGGUCACAGGAGCUCAGACACGUGUGGCUUCACAUCCGUAGCUGGUGGGGUGACAGGGUCGCUCCAGUGAGAGGUCUACGCGAUCCAGAGGAGCUCGCUGAGACUUGCCGCCUGGGGCAGAGAUGCUGCGCCCCGGGUGGCCGUCCCCUCGGAGCUGCGCUGCAUGGCUCACCUGCUGUAUGUGCUCAACCCCCCUGUAACACGACCACCCCGUUUAUCCAUGUGCUUCUGUGGCUGCGGGGACGUCCUCAGCCGUGCCGUCAGACCGCGCUAUGUCGCUACUAGGAACUGUAUUCAGACCAGCCUCUGCGAAGUCACCGUACCAAUAAAAGGUGCAGCUGUG